CUGUUACAAAAUGGGGGGAGUUGGGAUCUACAGCUGGUUGCCGUUGGCUUUGUAGCGUUGGACCAUGUUAAUCAACUCUAUCUUGCUGUAAUUCAGAUUUGUUUUAGCCUUUAGCCCAUGGAAUAAGAUUCAAUGGAAAUCGAAGGCAACUGCGGCUUCCAUCUCGGUAUCAAAGGAGCCUAUGUAUGUCUUGCGCUUCCUCAUUGUAAUGAAUGAUUGCCACCGGUCUCCGUUACGAGAGACUCCAAUGUAGUCAGAUCUUGUCCCGCUACGUGGGCCAAGCUUGGCAGUGGAUUUGGUUGAGGCAUAGACUACAACGUCAUCUGGGUUUGAGCCAUCAGUUCAUAGGUAUUCGUAUAACUUAUCAGCCAUUAGAUUAAAUCUGUAGUAUUUCAGAAUUCUUUUGGAAUGAGUCCUAUGAUUCUUCUUAGGCUUAGCCUGGCUAGGCUUAGCCUGGCUAGGCUUAGCCUGGCUAGGCUCAGCCGAGGAUGCUAAAGCAUUUAUCUUUGAAGAGCUCUCAAUUGCCUGAGAAGUAUUCACAAAUUGUGUUGUUUGUCCUAGGAUUGCUCACGGACAGUACUUUUUGAAGAAGAAUUUUUCAAAGUUCUCUGGGAUUGGUAGGCUUACUAUAUAAAUUAUGGUCAGAUAGGAGUCAGGAGUUGGAAAUAGCUUUAGGCCUCCCUCUUCAGACUAAAUGUGCUGAUGAGGCAAGGUUUUGAAGG